UUUCCCCCUUUCACUCAGCACUAUCCUCCUCUCUCUUGCCACAGAAAAAAGGGGGAAGGAAAAAGAAAGAAAAAUGCUAAAUCUAUCGAGCUUAAACCUCUGCCGCCCGCCUCAAUUGCCCUCCUUCGUCCCUCUCCGCCCUUCUCUUCGUCCCUCAACGACCAUCGCCAGGAACCCGAUUAGGGUUCGGUGCAUGGCGAACCAGAGGAGGGUGAAGAUGGUGGCCAAGCAAAUCAUGAGGGAGCUCUCGGACAUGCUCAUCACCGACAAGGUCCUUCAGUACGCUGUGCUCCCCGAGGCUUCUCUCGGCGCCGAUCGGUACCUUUCCUCGCUGACCACCAUCAGCGACGUUGAGGUCUCCGGCGAUCUCCAGGUUGUUAAAGUAUAUGUAUCUGUAUUUGGUGAUGAAAGAGGAAAAGAGGUGGCUAUUGCUGGACUGAAGUCAAAAGCCAAGUAUGUCCGGAGUGAACUUGGAAGGCGUAUGAAGUUGCGAUUGACUCCUGAAAUUCGUUUCAUUGAAGAUGAAUCUCUAGAGAGAGGGAGCAGGGUAAUUGCAAUAUUGGAUAGGCUAAAGAAUGAGAAGAGUUCAGAUGGUCAGGAUAAAGAUCAGUCCGAGUCUCACAAUUUAUCUGAAGAAGAUGGGGAGUGGGACAAAGAUGAUACAGAUGAAGGCAUCAUUUACAUAAAAUAAACAGCGCAGCUUCUAACCAAGCAUGUUGUAAUUUGCUCUGAAUUCUCAAGCAUAAAGUUUGAUCUCUCCACCUGCCUUUCACAGAGGAUCAUAUGUUGUAAUGCAGAUUCAGGUACUGGAAAUGCGGGAUAAAACCUUGCUUUGCUUUUUUAAGAGUUCUAGGCGGCGGCAGCGGGGCUGUUAAACUCUCUGAAGCUGUCUUAGAGGCCUAGACGGACCCCCGUAAAGGAAAUCGAAUCAACAGAUCUUGAAUCAGACACUUGUUGGUCUUCACAUUCGGGUGUUGAGGCAGGCCAGGGUUCAGACCGGAAAAGAGAUGUUUUUCUUCCAUUGGUUCUUGCUGCAUCGGCUUGAUUUACUAUUCGCAAAGUUCUAACAAACUGUUGAAUUACUUCUAAUUUUUUAUUUAUUUGUUGCAAUGUUGCAAACAUCUGCUCAUUUAAAAGAUUUAAACUAGUUUGUUUUUC